CGCCACUGGGCGCUACGUACUGGUGGGCAGCACUGGUGGGUGGCACAGGUGGGUGGCACUGGUGGGCCCAGGUGGGUGCACUGCUGGGCACAGGUAGGUGGCACUUCUGGGCACAGGUGUGUGACACUGCAGAGUGGCACAGGUGGGUGCACUGCUGGGCACAGGUGGGUGCACUGCUGGGCACAGGUGGGCGGAACUUGCGGGUGGCAUUGCUGGGCACCGAUCAUCAGGGCACUGAUCAUCAGUGCCCUGAUGAUCGGUGCCGAUCCCCGCUCUGACAACUGCCGGUUCUCGGCAGUACUUUCCUCACGAUCUGACAGCGUGAGGAAAGUGCAGCCGAGAACCGGCACUUGC